GUCAUCUUUAGCACUUGAUCCUAUUCAGAGACGCAAAGUAUUAAAGACACCACUCGCAAUUCUUCAGCUUGUACUUCAGUGUAGCAAAAGCAAAAGAAAAUCCAACUAUGUCCAGCACAACACCCAAAACCUUCCACAAGGACGGCUACCUCAUAAUACCCAACGCCCUGCCACCAACGACCGUCCAAGCCCUCCUCUCCGAAGCCCACAUGAUGCUCGAAAACUUCUCCCUAGCCGACCACCCGAUGACGAAAUUCAGCACAGGCGAGAAGUCCGCCCACGUCGGCGACGACUACUUCCUGACCUCAGGCGAUAAGAUCCGCUUCUUCUUCGAAGAGGAUGCCUUUUCAUCGACCGGCGAACUGAUUAAACCCAAAUCCCGCGCCAUCAAUAAAAUCGGCCACUACCUGCACUCCCUAUCCCCACCCUUCGCGUCUCUGCUCGACCCAGCGCUCAACCCGGACCUACUCGGCGCGGGCUCGACCGGUGGUUCCGUCGAGGCCGGGAGGAAAGAGUCGCACCCGGCAGCAGUGGCGCGGGCGCUGGGGUUCCGGGACCCGAGGGUGCUGCAGAGCAUGGUGAUUUGCAAGCAGCCCGAGAUAGGAGGCGCGGUGCCACCGCACCAGGACAGCACCUUUUUAUACACGGACCCGCCGAGCGCGGUAGGGUUCUGGUACGCGCUUGAGGAUGCGACGAUCGAGAAUGGGUGUUUGAGUUUCUUGGCUGGGAGCCAUCGGUGGGCGCCGGUGAAGAGUCGGUUUGUGAGAGAUCAAAAUGGGUCGGGAACUACGUUUUUUGAUAAUGAGGGGGCUCGGUUUCCGUCGAAAGAGGGCUAUGGGGAGAGUCUGAAGGAUGGGGAUGAAGAGGGGGAGUACAAGAUGGGUGAAGUCAAGGCGGGCUCGUUGGUUCUGAUACAUGGCAAUUUACUGCACAAGAGCGAGAAGAACUUAAGUCAGAAAGGAAGGAUCAUAUAUACUUUCCACGUGAUAGAGGGCGAGGGAAAGGUAUACGAUAAGAGGAACUGGCUACAACCGCCUUCGGAAGGGUUCACGAAGCUAUAUAGGGGUUGAUAGAGGAUUGGGCUGCGAGCUCUGACUGUAUACGACUUCAAAUUUGCAUCAGACAAGAUGGCGUCCUCUCGGGAUAGUAUAAGAUGCGAGCAUACAAGUUCGCAACAGAGAGAAACCGACAAGUUGUCAAGGAUGAAAGUAAUGUUAAUCUCAAUCUGUGGGAAGUUGUGGCCUCAGGUGUGGAUGGGUACGAGGCAGGCAGGCACGCACGCGUUGUAGUGUUUAGGGAUCCAUCAGGACCAACUUGGGAUUGGUCCCUCACGCACCUUCAUAGUACCAAUAUAGCCCCUAAUACCUGGAUUCCGACACAAUCU